CAAGCUCCAGGCUCCAGCUCAUCCCGCGCAUGUCCUUCGUCAUCGCGAUUCCCGAAUCUUCCCGUCCCGACUCCCCUUUCAACCUACCCUGGCGAAUCCCGAUGAGAACAAAACCACGAGGGCGGUCAGCCGCCGCCGCUCCAUCCGCCUCCGCUGCCUAGUGCCCACUGUGCUCCGUACCUCAUCUCCUACUCCUCAUAGUGCACGCCGUACUGUACCCAGCAUUCAUUCCCCGUAUUCGCCGCAUUCCCCGUCCUCGCCACAGUUAUGCUAGCAUGAAGCUGGCAGCCUAUAAGGUCGGCAGCCUAUAACGCCAGCAGCCGAUAAGGGCUGUAACCUAAAACGCCAGCAGCCGAUAAGGGCUGUAGCCUAUAACGCCAGCAGCCUAUAAGGGCUGUAGCCUGUAAGGCCAGCAGCCAGCAAUGCCGACGACGCACUUUCCCCCACCGCGCCUCCGGGCCGCUCGCAGUCGCCUCGCGUUCCUCCCGCUCGUCGUACUUAAUCUACUCUUUGCGACCCGAUGCGGCGACGCUGUAGCAUCAGCAGAAGCAGGAGUAGGACGGACAAGAGCGACAUCAGAAACAGUUCGAGUAGCAGCGGCUGCGCGUGCAGCGGGAUACGAGGCGACUGCGACGACGGCGACGGCGACGGCGACGACGACGACGACGACGACGACGACGACGACGCCCAACACUAGUCUCGUGCUUCUGCCCGACAACCCCUACAGCGCUAAAUGCCUCGACGGCAGUCCCCCCGGGUACUACUUCCGCGCGGGCACGGGCGAGGGGCAGCGCAAGUGGCACGUGUUCCUGGCGGGGGGCGGGUGGUGCCUGACUGGUGCGGACUGCCAAGCGCGCAGCAAGACGUACCUGGGGAGCACCAAGAUGUAUCCUAGUGAUCCUAGCAACUACUCUGAUGUUACAUGGAUGAAACCCGGGUACGAUGCCAUUCUAAGCACCAGUCCCGCUGCCAACCCCACAGGGCACAACUGGAACCUGGUGCGCCUCAUCUACUGCGACGGGGGCGGGUACGCGGGGACCAAGGGGCGCGUGAAGCUGAGUGCUGGCACGAGCAUCUACCUGGAUGGGUGGAACAUCUUCAGAGCCGUGGUGCAAGACCUCCGUCAGAAUCGCUGCAUGGAAGCUCCUUCCGAUAUUCUUCUCUCGGGCAGCUCGGCUGGCGGGCAGGCCGUCGUGAAUCUCUGUGAUUGGCUGGCGGCCAGCUUCCCAAACGCCACCACCCGAUGUCUGGUCGACUCGGGCUUUUUCAUGGAUGCCAAGGACCGCUUGGGCAAGCAUGGGUUCAGAUUAACGGCUCAGAGCAUCACAGCGCUGCACCGACCACACAACCCCAAUUGCACCUUUGCAGCAAGCUCUGCCCAGCAGUGGAAGUGCUUCUUCCCACAGUACACUCUACGGUCAGUCGCCACCCCUGUCUUCAUAUUCCACACCCUCUUUGACUACAUCGCUGCCAUGCUGGGAAACCAGCUGCCCAGAGACAACACCACGUAUGCUGCUAACUGCGUGCGGGAGGUCAUCAACAACCAAAACGCAUCCGCGUUUGAGUUUAUCAGGCUCACAAAAGUGAGCAUAGCAGCUGCGGGAACAGCAGCAGCUGUGGCGGGUGUUAGUUGCAAGGCUUCUGAGAAGGAGGCAGUGCUGGGAGUGGCUUCAGCUCUCCAUAACCAGAUAGUUGCAAUUGUGAGCGAUCGACCUUCGAUUGGAGCUUACAUUCCUACAUCGUCUGUACAUACUGCUGCUACGAAUAGGUUCUGGACCACCCCAUGGAUCAAUGGCACAUCUGUCAGUGGCGCGUUUGAAAGUUGGUCAAGAAACCCACCUAAGGAUGUUGCUGUGCUUCUACAUGACUGACUAGUGAGUUCUUUUUUCCAUGAUCAGUUAUUACCUUACAGCGAAUGUCACGAACAGAUACUUGCCCCAGCACAGGAGUUGGAGCAACAAGGCCCGUUCUUACUGGUUCCUGAAUCGUAACCCAGGAGAGACCUAGCCACAUGCCGCAUAACACCACUCAUUGUGCUGCCUACCAUGCUGCAAAUUCCUACCAUCCUACGAAGUUGCAUCAGAAUCAAUAAUGUUGUCAUAA